AAAACACUGUUAUGUAGUUUUUUUUUUAAUUGCUUCGUUAUACAGCUAAUGAUUUUUGUUAACCUGUUUAAAUCAAACACAUAAGCAUUACAUCUUUCUACAUCAUCUUAUAGGAAUAUUUGGACCAACAGAGAAAGUUGGAAGAGGAACAGAAAGAAAGGAGAGAUAUGGAAAGAUUAGAACAGUUGAAGAAAAAAGAAAAGCACGAACAAAGUGCAAUAGCCUCUUCCGAAGUCAAGCAAAGGCUCCAAGAAUUCGUAUUAAACAAAAAGCAACGUGAAGCUGCUGUUAACAGUACUAACAAAUCUCCCUCCAGCUAUAGAAAUUGGCAAACUGUCCUUGGUAAAUACGAUGAUGAUUUUCCUCUUAGAAAAACAGCAUCUGAACCUAAUCUCAAAGUGCGAUCGGUCUUGAAACAGAAAGUGAUAGAUCGCCGAAGUAGUCCUCUCCUUAGAAGGAAAGACAAAGGACCGGGACCCAUAAAACGAAGGACCCCCCUCUCAAUUGAAACCAGUAAAUGCGAUAAUACAUCAGGAUCUUCUCCUCCUAAUGGUGCAAUAUUGCAAUCAUUACCGGGCAUUAAUGGAAGGUCUACUAUACAAGAGGAGAGUCCUACAUCCUUAUAUAAUUCAGUCAACAGUCCAGGUAGUAUCAGUGAUUUCACAUUGUAUUCAUCACCAUCUUUGCCAAAUAUAUCAUUGGGGAGACCUCCUGUACCUACAUCUGCUGAAAUUGGUAAAAGUGCUGUACCAGCUGGUUCUGAAGUACAGGGAAGAGAUAUUUCCACCAUAAGACUAGGAAUGCCUCUUACAUCAAAUGUCUUACAUUCUUUAACAUAUUACCCAGCAUUACCAGUGAUUGAUGGAGACUUCACACCUCCAACAAGUCCAGGUUAUAUCCAACCUACUAAAAUUCUGGACGGCUCUACUGGCAUCACAAGUAUGCUUAGAGUAUAUCCUACCACAAUCACUGAUGCACAAGUUGCUCAAGCCAGAUUACAUAGAACCAUUCAAAGACCUCUUGGGAGAACCCAGUCAGCUCCACUACCUCUUGGUCAUCCAAUGCUACAACCACAAGCCAUACUUUUAUCACCUCAACAAAAUGAACAAUAUGCUCGCGAAAAGAGACUCUGUGAGCAGCAGCAACAUAAUCUACUCAAACAACACAUUCGACAAACUGUAUUGACCAGAGCAAGCAGUAAAAACCAAGUAGAAAACGUUGAAGAAGAAACUGAAGCAGCAGUUGCUCAAGAAAUGAAGGAAUCUGGGCAGCCUGAAGUAAUAGACUUGACAGAUGGUCGAACGAAAGAGACAGAAACUUCACAACAACAAAGAGAUAGAGAAAUGUUCUUGCAACAACAUCGUGACUACAUGACAAAGCACACUCUACAAAUUAGCGAUGGUACCUACAUCAGGCAUCAUUUGGGAAGGCCUCUGUCUCGAACAUUAUCAAGUCCUCUUGUCGCUCUUAGUCCAAUUGGAAGUCCUCAGGAAACGCAAGUUCCUUCUCCUCAUACAUUUACAACAGGUGUUGUGUACGACAGUUUAAUGUUAAAACAUCAAUGUGUUUGUGGUAAUAAUGCUCAUCAUCCUGAACAUGGUGGUCGCCUGCAAAGUAUAUGGGCAAGGUUACAAGAAACCAGUCUUCUUAAUAGAUGCGAGAGAGUCAGAUCCAGGAAAGCAACCCUAGAAGAAAUUCAGUCUUGUCAUAGUGAAUCAUAUACUCUCUUAUUUGGGGCCAAUCCUUUGAAUCGACCGAAACUUGAUGCCAGCAAAUUAGCUGAUCUUCCAAUGAAGAAUUUUGUGAUGUUCCCUUGUGGUGGCAUUGGUGUAGAUUCUGACACAACCUGGAAUGAUCUACACACAGCAAGUGCUGCAAGAAUGGCUGCUGGAUGUGUUGUUGAAUUGGCCAUGAAAGUAGCAACAGAUGAAAUAAAGAAUGGUUUUGCUAUUGUCCGUCCUCCUGGACAUCAUGCGGAGCAUCAACAAGCAAUGGGUUUCUGCUUCUUUAAUUCUGUAGCAAUUGCAGCAAAACAGCUAAGAGAAAAGCUGAAGCUUGAGAAGAUACUCAUUCUAGAUUGGGAUGUUCACCAUGGGAAUGGACUUCAACAAAUAUUUUAUGAUGAUCCACAUGUAUUAUAUAUUUCACUGCACCGUCAUGAUGAUGGAAACUUUUUCCCUGGCACUGGAGCAACAGAAGAAGUAGGUACAGAUGAUGGUAUUGGUUUCAACAUUAACAUCGCUUGGUCCAAUGGUUUGAAUCCGCCACUAGGAGAUGCUGAAUACAUGGCUGCUUUCAGGUCUCUUAUAAUACCAAUUGUGCGUGACUUUGAUCCUGAAGUAAUCUUAGUAGCUUCAGGAUUUGAUGCUGCAUGUGGGCAUCCAGCUCCUCUUGGAGGAUACAGAGUUACACCUGCUUGUUUUGGUUACAUGACUCAACAACUAAUGCAUUUUGCAAAAGGAAAAGUUGUUCUGGUUUUAGAAGGAGGCUAUGACCUUCCAGCUAUAUGCGAUAGCUCUCAAGAAGUUGUGAAAGCAUUGUUAGGAGAAGAAUGUACUCCUAUCAAAGAGGAAGAAAUGCAACGUAAAGCUUGUCAGUCAGCCAUAGAUGUACUUCAAAAAACUAUAGCUGUGCAAGCAACACAUUGGCCUUGCAUCAAACGAUGGGCACACACGCUUGGUUAUUCUGCGCUAGAAGCUCAGCAGAAAGAAAGAGAAGAGGUAGAAACUGUCACUGCUCUAGCAUCCUUAUCAAUGGCAGUACCACAUGGCCAUAUCCAAAGUCCAGAGUCUAAGGAAAAUGAAGAAGUGGAAGAACCAAUGGAAGAGGAUCAAGAAAAGUGAAAAUAUGAAUUUUUACACUGGAACUGUGUUAAAAAAAAGACUGAUAAAAAAAAACUUUUUCUGGACUAUGGAGCCAGUUAUUUCCGCACAAAAUAUACAUGUUUUUUCUCUUUCGUUCUUGUCAUUGUGGCACUAGCGUCAUAUUCUUCUGCAAACUGUCCAUAAAAAGGAGGCUUUUGCCACAAUCUUGCAACAAGGAAAAUAUAUUAUCUUAUGAAAAUAUAUUUGUACGAAUGAAUGAUUAGAGGAUAAAGAAUGGAUGAAACACAUGAGUCAAACUCAUAUCAAUAUAUUUGUAUGAGUGAAUGAAAAGAGAAUAAAGAAUGGUUGGAAGACAUGAGUCUAACUCAAAUCAUGCUUUUAUUUUCUAAGAAAUGAGAUGUUUUAAACUGUCAACUUUCAUUAAUGAGAUGAAUGUUUUUCCCCCAAAUGAAUUUGUACAUCUCAUCUGUUUAUUUAAUGGCACUGUUCCAAGCCACAUCACACAAUUGGGUUCAAGUUUAGUUUUCUAAAAAUAUUUUCCUCAGUCCCAUUUUCAGCAAACAAGUCUGUUUUAAUAUUUAUUUAGCCACCUAUUUUGAUGGCAAGGUUGAAUGUCAUGGGUCCAAUGUUGUGUGAGUUAUCUUGUUGAUUUUUGUUGUUGAGAAAAGAAAGUUUAGUUAUUACCAGUGAAGCAUUAUUCCUCUAUGGCAACGCUGUAUUAUUUAUCUGUAAAAAUAUUAUAUUAAAUAUGCCUGUCUGAAAAUUCAUUGUGCUAUAUCAGAUUUUGAAAGAAGGUACCUAAUUCUGCAAAAAUAAAUAAUAUGUGGCUAUGCUGUAUUAUUUAUCUAUAAAAACAUUACCAUUAAAAAAAAUUGAUGUGUCAGCAGCCUGAAAUUGUAUACCUGUAUUGGUACCUGAUUAUGCAAAAAGGAACUUUUGAAAGUAUUGCAGAUACAUUUUUUCUAAAAAUUUCAUUAUUUCUGUACAUUUUACUUUCAUUAUUCUUUGUAAAAUUCCAUCUAUAAACUCCAUUCAUUGCUUUGUAAAUAGCUGUUAUGUUUAACUUUUAAAUGCUUUUGAGUUUAAAAUGAACUAUUUCUGUGUUAUUCAUUUCUUAUAGUCUUUUAUCUUGAUGAAAAUAUAAUUGUUCUACUUUUCAAAAUUUAUUUAUUUGUUUGUUAUUUUAUAUUUAAGUGUUUUUAGAAAUAAACAAUAAAAAACUCGGCACAUUUGGCAAAUCACCUUCUUAAAUAUAUACACCAAUGCCAGUUCAAAUUGCAAUGUUUUAAAGAAUUCCAGUAAAAAAAAAAUUAUUACUUAAGAAGUUAUAAGCUAUUUCAAUAUAUUAUUUAAUAUAAUUUGACUUUUUAUCCUUCCCAUAUUGCUUCAAUUUAAAACAAAUGUAUAUUAGUCUCUUAGCUGCCUUUUGGGUUAUAUAAUUUAAUCAGAAACUAGUGUGUACAGCCAUAAUGACCUAUCAAAAUAUUAAUUAAACAUUUAUGUAAGAAUAAAAAAUACACAUCGAUUUAAGUAAAAAAUUAAAACAAAAAAAAAUUUAAAUAUCUGUUUAUUCAAGCAUUAUUUUGUGAAAUAAUUUUAUAUAGUUAUUAAAUUUUUUUAUUUUACAAUAUUAAAAAUCAAAUUUUAAUGAAUUUUCUGCAUUAUUCACAAUUAAUCUAUUGUUAACAACAGACUCGUGCAUAAAAUGAUGUGCAUAGUACCGUUAAAAUUUUAAACAGCAAUUUAUAUAAUGCUUAAAGUAUGUGUUAAUUAUUCAUUAUAAGUAGAAAAAAAAUAUAGCUUCAAUAAAAAUAUCACAAUUUAAUGCAUACGAAACAGAAUUAUGUACUACUUUGAUUUAUAAUAACUUUUUAGUUUUAAAAAAUUUUUACAAAAUGGAUUUUUAUUUUUAAGUAAUGAAUCUUCACAAAUAAUUGGGGUAAUUACCUGUACAUCAAAGUAAUAAAGCGAAUCAAAACUAUUUCUAAUACUACUAUAUUAAUCGAAGUUAAUGUAAAACAGGUUGAACAAGUUUGUAUGCAUAUUUCAUAAAUCUUUAAAUGAAAAUUAUAAAUUAACAAUCAGUAGCUGUGUUUAUUUACAAAUGCUCAUUAAAUUACAGUAUUUUCUUACAGUUUAGUCCAAACUAUUUACGAUGUUUUAUCAAAUUAUUAUUUCUGUUAGCCUGAAUUGGCUUCAGUGUAUAAAAAAAAAGAAAAAAAGAUGAAUAUUUUUUUGUCUGUUCGAAUUUUAUCGAAGCAACUGAUCUAGUCCUUUAUAUAUAUAUUGCAGCUGAAGAGCUUUUUAAUGUAUUUGUUGUAUUUUUAUUUGUUGUGUGAUUUUUUAAGAUGUUAAAAAGAAAAAGAUAUAUGAAAAGAUUUGGAUCGAAUCAGAGAUGUAAUUAUAUGCCUAAAGUAUAAAUGUGGAUGAGAAUUUUGGAAAAAAAUGUAGCUACUAUUAUGAUAGCAUGGAAUAUAUAUGCAUUACAAUGUAUUUUUUUAAUCAUCAUCUUUUUCUGUGUGCUGAAAGUUUUGGCAAAGUAUUGAUAUAUAAAGAGUAUAUAUAAAUAUACAUAUAUAUAACCAUCACUUCAUCCAAAAAAUUUGUUGUUAAAUUGUAAGUUUGUGCUUUACAAUCUGUUAUUCUAGCGCUUGCCUGUUGUUUAAUAAAGGGUUGCCAACUUAUAAAAAUAAAAUGCAAAAGAAUUCAGUUAAGCACUAUACGUCAAGAAUUAUUAAUCAAUAAUAGACAUAAGUGAUAAUUUUGUUUCGAAACUUAUGCACUACUAAUAUUAUUCUAAUUCAAAUAUACAUGGUUUCCAAUUUUAUAUUAAUAUUUUUUUUAAAAUCCAAAAUCAGUUAUUCAAUUUUUUUUUAAAUUUCAUUUUCCAAUUGAAAAAUUAUAUAAUAUUUAUAAUAAGAACUUUGGUGCCUGAAUAUAUAUUUAUAUUGAUAUUUUCAGAACUACCAAACAUGGCAUUUUCUUUAUCAAAUUACUUUUUAUUCGUGAAUAAAUUUCAGAUGCUGUUUAACUUCUUCAAAGUCAUUUUUUUAAACAACAAAAAAUACCUACCAUCACAUGAAAAAAUUUAAAUUUAAGAAUUAUAAUAGUGUCCCUAAAAUAAAACAUGGAAAUUAAUAAAAUUUAACAAUCAUUAAUAAAUUUUAAAAUAUGAGUUUUAAAGAAUAACGUUCAAAAUGUCUGAAAUUCCAUAAAACAAUCAUUCCAGUGACAUUGAUAGCUUUUUUUAAUUUCUUACGUUGUAAUGGUAAUAAUAACAGUAAUGAAAAUACAUUUUCAGUAAGCUAAUAGUUUGGUGAUAUUUGUUUACUUUCCUUCAUUGUAAGCAAGUUAAUGCCUGGAAGAUAUCAGAAAAUUUUUGCAGCACUUCAUUUAAAAAACCGAAAUUUAUACAUAUUUUAACGUUUCUAAAAAUCAAAUUACUCUUUUCUUUUAGUUAUUUUUACCUUUUUUGUGUAAAUUAAGCUUUAAAGAUUUGUGGAAUUCUUUUAAAAAAAUUUCUAAGCAUUUUGCAUUAAAUUUUAAUGUGCAUUUGUUAAAAUAUAUCAUAUUGCUUGGCAUUUAUUUCAAAAUUAGCAUUUAAAUAAGUUUUCUGCUUUUUUAAAAUUAAAAAAACCUACAUUAUAAAUAUGAGUAUUAGAACAAAAUGAAAGAAAUGUUGGCAACCCGAUAUAUAAUGUUACAUAUUGUAGUUGAGCAUUGCCUGCAUCCGUACUCAAAUGUUACUCCUGCAUUUAUUGAAGUGGAGCUGGACUACAUGUGACGUAGAUGAAAUUCUUAAAUAAUGAAUAUUGUUUGAAAUUGUGAAAUAAAAAUUUUGAUGUUUUCA